CCUUACUACUGGGGUGGCACACUGUAACAAAUCUCCUUCCAGGUAAUUACAUGUGACAUGUGACCUCUCCUCCAGCUCAGCCCCGCCUCCUCCACAGCAUCACACAGGUCCUUCAACCAUGAUCUUUUCUCUCCUCCACAGCUAAGCUCCGCCCCCACAUGUGAUGGUGACAUCAUCACAGGUCCUACACCUCCAGCAUCUAGCAGUCCGGGCCAGGGGAGGAGACAGAGGGAGGGUGGGCCUAGCAUCAGUCCCCGGCCGAAACAACUACGUCGCCAUCAAAGGUAUCACCAAAACAGCGGACAAUGCAGGAAUCCUACAGAGAGAGCGACGGAUACUCAUGCUGGCCCGAGACUGCCCGUUCCUGUGUCACCUGUAUGCUGCACAGCAGUCUCAGGACCAUGCCUACUUCAUCACCGAGUACCUGUCCGGCGGCAGCUUGGAGGCUUUACUCACAAUGUGCAGCAGUCUAAACAUCGAAAUAGUAAGAUUCUACACAGCAGAGAUUGCAUGUGGCCUCCAUUUCCUUCACAGACAGAACGUCGUCCACCGAGAUAUCAAGCCAGAUAACAUCAUGCUGGAUCGAGAUGGACACAUCUGCAUCAUAGACCUCGGACUUGCCCAAGAUGGCGUCACCUCCUCCAACAAGAUCCAAGGAGUGACGGGCACAUUACUUUACAUGGCCCCAGAGGUGCUCCAGAGGAAGAGUUACCAUGCAGCGGUUGACUGGUGGAGCCUGGGGAUUGUUGUAUCCCGGAUGUCAGCAGGACGUUCCCCAUUCUACUUUGGCUGCAACAGAGAAAUGGCUCACGAUUCCAUCACCAGAGAGAAGCCUAAUAUUCCAUCUUGGCUCCCUGCUGACCUGAAACAUCUGAUCCAACAACUGCUGCACAAGAAUCCUGAGAAGCGGCUGGGUGUGAACAGGAACAUCAGAGACCAUCCAUUCUUCACCACCAUCAACUGGGAGGAACUGGAGCAGAAGAGAGCACAGCCGCCAUUUACACCAUUCGAGGCAGCUCUGAAGAAGGGAGACCUGCGGUGGUCAGAGGUAGAGACAGCUCUUCAUCCCUUGGAAGGAUUCUCUUUCAUAGCUCCAAGCUGGGAAUGGUAAGAUCAGCCCACGGCCCAGAGCUCUGUACCAUCUGAGUGCUGCACCCAGGAGCGGCCUGUGCUUGUAACACCUCAGCACAGGCCGGUAAGUAU